GCAGCGUUCAUUUGAGUUUUGAGUUUCGCGGUUCGACGUUGCCCACUUGGUCUUUCGGCUCUGGAGAAAACUAUUCGAAUCUGGUGAAAAGCAUUCCCAUUACCAGCUACUCAGUUCAGUUUCGAUUCCCAGUCCAACUAUAAAAGUGCGCUGUAGUCUCUGUCAAAACAACUGCAUACAAUUAUUACAAUUGCCAAUUGCAUUUUCAUGAGCUAACUGUCUUUCGCAUCGCGUGUGAAAAGUUACAAACAAUAAAACAAUUGCCAACGGUUAAUGUUAAUAUCGAGGCAAUUAUAAAAAAGUAAUUGGAUUGUCUGGCUUACGCAAGGCCAACUACAAUUACCAACAACAAGCAAAACAAAUCACAUAUAAAAAAAAGCAAGACAGAAAUCCCAAUUUGGAUUUAUUAAUAGCGCUGAAAAAAAAAGUAAAAAACAACAACCGUUGCCGUAAAUAACACAACAAAUUGCCAUCAACAGCCAAUAUGUCGAUCGCCAGUGUUCACGGUCCCCAAAUCGCCGACAUCUGCAGUCCCUUGUCGCAUCACAAUCUCCGUCUGUCUGCUUCGGUGCCAGAUCUGGUUGGUAGCCCUCUGGAGAUCAGCAUGGACAACGUGCUAACCAUCGAGGAGCUGCGCCAGCACAUGGGCUCCUGCUUCACCUGCGGCGUCUCCUGGACGGAUGAUCAUGUGUCCCUCGACUGCAGCGAAUGCGGUGGCUACAGCCUGGAGCGUCCCUGUCCCCUUUGCGACGGCCAGUGCGGUGUCCAAUGGAAACGUGAUUUCGCCAUGUCCCAUGCCUGCAGUCAAGCUCGCUGGGUGGGCGUGUGCAUUAGCUAUCCGGAAGUGGUGGCCGGAGUCCAGAUGCCCGUUGGCGGAGCCGCUGGAGCUGGAGCCACCUCGUGUGCCGCUGCCGCUGCGAAUCAACUGCGUUUGGCCCAGGAGCUGUGCUCCCGCCUGGAACAGCUGUCCACAUCGACGGCGAGCAAAAGCGGUCGCAUCUAGAGCGAGGACCGCCAAAGAGUUCCUUCGACAGCCAGACUGCAAACACGCCUCCACAUCAGCCACACCUCCCCCGCACACACAGCCAAUCAACCGGAUAGCAGAUAGCUGAAAGCUGUAGCAGAUACAGCUACUCCUACACCUCCACCUCCUCUACACAAAAAACACACAGUCUCUCACCCGUAAUUUAGGGCCUAAUUACUAAGCUUUUUAGUUGUUAGUUUUUAUUGUUGUGCAGCGUUCAGUCUUUAUAUUUUUUUCUGUUUAUUUUUGCACACAUUUUCUUUUGUUUUAUGAUUUCACUGGUUUCGUUUUCGUUUCGUUCGUUGUGUGACUAUGCAAAUGUUUAGCAGCUAAGUUAGUUCCUUUGUUUACCUUUUAAUGGCACCAUUAUGUUUGCACACAUGACCUGUUCUAUCCAGGAAAAGACUUCUUUCUGCUUAGACUUAAGCCGAGUUUAGGCAUUGCAGUGAUAACGGUGAUAUUAGCCAGAAAGAAUCGUGAACAAAUAGUGAAUUUAUAAUGAUGUAGCAAAUGUCUAACGAUAGCUAUAGCGAUAUGAUGAUGAUCAUUUUUGUAUAGCCCACACACACACACACACUAAACAACCCGUGUAAUCGUGUAGAGAUUGUUGUUAACAAUUAGUUAGUUGUUGUUGCGUUUUUGCCUUGUGUCAAAGCUUGUUCGAAGCGAGGAGAUCCGAAAGUACAGAUCAAAGUUAACUUCGAUGGUGCUAACGGAGGGCUCAGUGAGCGUAACAAAGAUUCUUCCAAAUUGCAUAAUGCUCAACAAAGUAACUACAGGAUUGAACAUUCUCUCCAAAGGGGGAAAGCGAAAGC